AUGGGAAAAGGAGGACUUGCGCGGCUGCUAGCCACGGAAGUUUUGGGAGGGGAUAUUAAUGCCUGUUGUGGUGUACUACGCCGAAUACUCAGUGAGACAGUAGAUGAAGGUGUUAUUCAUCAUUUACAAGAUGCUGGACAAGGUCUUGUAAGUGAUGUUAUUACAUUAGGUAAAGUCUGUUUGGCAGAUAAUGCAUCUCUUGUGCGUCCUACGUCUGUGGCAGUUUUAUGUAACGCUUCUCAGCGCCUUGGCGAUUGGCAGAGUGCGCUUUAUUUUUCUGAAUCACUACGAAGUCCUCCGUCUCCUGCCUUUAUUUCAUCCCUACUCUCACCUGGAAACUGUAAUUCCAUUCUUGAUUACUGUACAAAAAAGAGUUGGACUUUGGAUGUGCCGCAUGCCACACAAAUACUAGCGGGGAAAUAUGGAAGUUGGCUCUCUGCCUUAGCUGUAGCCGAAACUAUGGAACGCCAUUAUCAAAUGGGAGAAUGGUAUUCCUUAGGAGUGUUGAUUCCUCAUCUUUCUGCUAGUGGGGAAUGGGAAAGAGCAAUAGAACUGUUCACUACUGGAAUAGCACGAGGGUCUUUAGUAGAUCCAGUGUUUGUGGGGUCUCUUGUUCAACGAACAGCGCAGUUGAAACAGUGGCAAACAUGUCUUUAUAUGCUUGGGGUAAUUACUAAAACGAAGGAAGAAGCAAAUUUUUGCCCCUCAGAUUUGAAUUUUUUUAAGGAUGUUAUGUCAGUCUCACAGGAUUGGAAAGCAUCUCUUUCGGUGUUUAAUAUUGCUGUUGGUAUAGGGGUUAAACCUGAUAAAUCUAUGGUAAGUCUUUUGUUAGGACAAUGUGAAGAAGCUAAUGCGUGGUUAAUGGCGACUAAAGUAUAUGAUACAGCCCUAGCAGAAGGUUUUGUUUCUAGCAUAGCUGGAGAUUCAUAUCAAAAACUUAUUCGAUCUUUUCAUGCGGUUAAACAAUGGGAAAAAGCAUUAUCAGCACUUUCAUGGAUGACAAAAGCAGAUGAAGCAUCUGCAACAACUGGGAUGAGUGAACUUUUAGAAUUAUGCGAACAGUCAGGUCAGUGGGAGGCGGCAGUUCGGAUUGGUAAUAUCCUUCUUGAAACGCAUACAUACUUGCCUGUACGUACGAAUCUUUCAUUUUUAUUUGCCUGUGCUAAGGGAGGUAGAUGGGAGAUUGCAAUACGAGCUCUGCAAGAAUCCUUUGCAGAUGCAAAUCAAAGACCACAUCCUCUUUCUGUUUGUGCAGCCUUACAAGCCUGUGUUGCCGCUAAUCGAUGGAAAGAAACCGUACAGUUACUCGAGCGAACACGUGGGGAGGAGCCAAGAGUGGUCCUCCCACCAUUGGCACACCGUCUGGCAGUAAAGGCCUGCGUGGGUGCGGGUCGAUGGAAGGAGGCCAUCGCGGUACUUGACGAAAUGACGGCGUGUGGACUACCAAAGGAUAAUCACAGUCAACGGCUUGGUGUGUGGGCCGCCGCACUCUCUGGAAACUGGCAGCUCUCGCUGGAGCACCUGCGACAUCUUCCGUUGACUCAACGAACACCACAAGACCGCCUCGUCGUGCGCAGUGCUACUCGGAAUCUUGGUGUAACAGCAAGAGCCAUCGCACUGAAGUAUCUUCAACAACAAUCUACCUAA